AUGUUACCAAUAAUGUUACUAAAUGUUAUGACUUUAAGUAAAGUUAAAAGAAACGAAGAUCAACAAAAAUUUGAACAAGAAAACAAAAAUGCAUCUGAAGAAAUUGACGAAUCACGAUUAAAAAUUCAAUCUACCAAAUCCAAUGAUGAAAAAAUUCUAAAAGAAUGUAAUGAAUACGAAUCAGAAAAUUUGGAAUUGACGAAAAUGAUUGAAAACAUUAAAAAAGCAUUAAUUCAAUUGGAAAGAGAAAUAGGUCCAACCGUCAGAUCAUCCGGUGUGAGAUUAGAAGAAACCGAUAAUAUAGUCGAUUAUGUUCUAGAUUUUCAAAGGAGAGUUGUUGGUGGUUGUCUUUUACAACCUUAA